AUCUCGAUACGUCAUUGCAUAUAAAAGUGCGUUUUGAAAAAAAUAAUUAUUUUUUCCCUCCAAAGUUCCUCAAGGGAAUCCUUUGAGUACGAUUAGCGCUACGCGUGUCCAAAUCUAAUUGCGGAGAAAGUAACGUAAAGAGAAGUCUGUUAGAUUUUGAGGUUACCUUGACCUGUAUAUUGUCCGAGAUGGACGCGCGGCAGUUUGAGGAAUUUGGAAAAGCGGUCGUCGAUUUUAUUUCCGAUUACACGGAAAAUCUACGGGAACGCGAGGUCCUGCCGAGUGUCGAACCAGGAUAUUUGAGUGAGCUAAUGCCAAAUGAAGCUCCGAGACAGGCAGAAUCCUGGCAGGAUGUGCUGAAGGACGUGGAACGUCUUAUACUUCCCGGAGUCACACAUUGGAACUCGCCGCACUUCCAUGCUUACUAUCCUACUGGGAAUUCGUAUCCUGGUAUAGUGGGAGAAAUGUUGAGUGCUGGAUUAGGAUGCAUUGGAUUUUCAUGGAUUUCAUCGCCCGCUUGUACGGAAUUGGAGGUUGUCACUAUGAACUGGUUAGGGAAAUUGCUUGGGCUGCCGGAAGAAUUUCUUAAUUGCAGUGACGGACCUGGCGGUGGUGUUAUACAGGGUUCUGCAAGCGAAGCGACUCUAGUGGGUUUGUUGGCUGCAAAGGAAAAGACAACACGUCGUAUAAAGACUUUGUAUCCAGAUUUGGACGAAGGAAUCAUAAAGGCCAAACUGGUGGCUUAUGCUUCAGACCAAUCGAAUUCAUCGGUGGAAAAGGCUGGGUUACUUGGGUCAAUGCCUAUGAGAUUAUUACCAACCGACGAUAAGUGUCGUUUACGAGGAUCUACGCUUUUGGAAGCUAUUAAGAAGGACGAGGAAGCUGGACUUAUACCUUGCUACGUGGUCGCUACUUUAGGUACUACUGGCACCUGCGCUUUUGACGUGCUCGAUGAACUUGGACCAAUCUGCAAUGAGAAUAAUCUCUGGCUGCACGUGGAUGCUGCUUACGCAGGAGCUGCCUUUGUUUGCCCCGAAUAUCGUCAUCUUAUGUCUGGUGUUAAUUAUGCUGAUUCUUUUAAUUUCAAUCCGCAUAAGUGGCUACUUGUCAAUUUUGACUGUUCCGCCAUGUGGGUAAAAAAUGCAGGGUGUUUGAUCGAUGCAUUUAAUGUAGACAGGAUAUACUUGGCACACGAUAAGCAGGGACAAGCUCCCGAUUACAGACACUGGCAAAUUCCAUUGGGACGUCGAUUCCGCGCUUUAAAAUUAUGGUUCGUCUUACGACUCUACGGUACCGAAGGAUUGCAGAAUCACAUUCGCAGAACGAUUAGAUUGGCGCAGCAGUUCGAAGAUUUCGUAAAAUCGGAUGACAGAUUUGAAAUAGUAACAGAAGUUUCAAUGGGUCUCGUGUGCUUCAGAAUGAAAGGCGAUAACAGUCUCACCAAAGAACUAUUGGAUCGUUUAAUGAAGAGGAAACGUAUUUACACAAUAGCAGCGAAUUACAAGGACCAGCUGAUAGUGCGAUUCGUAGUUUGCAGCAGACUGUGCGAAGAGAAGGACAUAGAGUUUGCCUGGAAUGAAAUAAGCAGUCGAGCAACGGAAAUAUUAGCUUCGAAAAAUCAAACAGCUAAGAUCAACCGAAACGCCGGUUCGGCAGCCGCUAAAGAAGGCGGCGAGAUUGUGGCAAGAAUACAAGGAUUAAAAAUCGAUGCGAAAGAAAAUUCCCAAAAAAUUUCGUAACUAAAAAAAAACACCCAAUCGCCCGCAAUGCCGCAGCGUAUAGAUAAUUUUAAUAUAUUAACAUUUUUUAAUAAACCACAUUCCACGUAUUUUCUCAUGAAACUAUAUUUUCAGUAUUUCGAAAAAUUUGAAAAUUAUUUUUUUAACGACCUAUAGCCAAAUUACGUUAGCCGCACGUUUCUGCUAACAUACUAACAAGCAACGUACACGAGGUGACUCUCGUUCAUUUUUAUGAAAUAACGCAGCCAAGUAGAGCGUCUCGAUACACGAGGAUGCGUAAAAUACUAGUUACCCAUAUUGGUGUAAAUUAUAAAUAUAAUAAAAUAUUUUUAUAGCCCAA